AUGCCCUCCAAGGGUUACUUAGACUCUAGUGCCUUUCCAUUUUGUUGCAUUAUUAGCUGCUUCUUAAUUCAUUCUCCGCAGCAUUGAAUUGAACAAAUAAAUAAAUUAUUAUAAUAAAUGUAUCUAAAAUCCUAACUAACCAAUCACGUCUUAACGUAGAGCUUUCCUUUUUCAUGUCUCGAAAUAUAGUUCUAGUGGUUGAUAAAUCAGUUUACACAAAAAAAAAACAGAAACAGAAACAAACAAGGAAGAAGAAAAUCCAAAGCUAAAGACUUAACCACACUCCACGGCUUAAGUCUUCCUCUUAUCUCACUCCAUUCUUCAUUGGUUCCCUUUCACUACUGAUAAGUUACAAGAAUUUCAAUCAUCAAUAUCAUCAUAGCUUAAAAAAUCAUCAACCAAACAAAACUUUCCUCUCUCCCAAUGGCAAUUCAACACUCUAUCAUUUUACUGGCUUUUCUUCUUCUUCAAUUCUCAUCACUACACUUCCCUGCACUCGGAUACGAUCAUCAAGAGACAUACUUCAUCAAUUGUGGAUCAGAUAUCGACGUGAAUGAAAAUAAGAAUCUUUAUAUUGGUGAAUCAAACCAUGCUUACCCUAAAAAAUCAUUCAGCCAAAGAAGUUCCAUAGAAACCAAUCCAUCAUCAGUGUCUUCACCUCUUUACCAAACAGCAAGAAUUUUCCAUUCUGAAUCCUCCUACGAAUUUUCUACCAUACCAAACAACACUUAUAUGGUACGUUUCCGUUUCUUUUCAUUCUCUUCACCAACUAAACUUUCCACUGCAAAAUUCAACAUUUCCGUUCCUGGUUUCCUUCUGUUACAUAAUUUCAACGCUGAAAACACCACCAAAUCUGCUUUAGUAAAAGAGUAUUACGUUAAAAUCAUUAGAAAAAGAUUCAAAAUCAUAUUCACACCUCAAACAUCAUCAUUUGCGUUUGUUAAUGCAAUAGAACUCUUUAUGCUUCCGGUUCAUUUAAUCCCUGAUUCAAUGCCACAUUUCUCUUACAAAGAAUCUGGUGUUCGAGGAGGCUUAUCUACUUAUAUUGGCGGUUUACACUCACAACGAGCCUUGGAAACAAAACAUCGUUUUAACGUCGGUGGGGGAACCGUUGAUAGAGGAACUGAUACUUUAUCGAGAGAAUGGUUACCAGAUGACAGAUAUGUAACUAAUCUACAAAACGCUAAGAAUUGCUCCUUUGACGGUGAUAUUCCACGCACUGCAAAUGAUACGUCUGAUGGUCCAAAUUCAAAUCAAUAUAUUGCUCCAGAUAUUGUUUAUAAAACUGGCAAAGAGAGUAUUAACGGUUCUAGCAGCAUAAGUUGGAGUGUUCCUGUAGAGAAGAACGUAGAUCAUUUUCUUAGGUUUCAUUUUUGUGACGUUUUCAGUAAUCGACAAUCUGGUCUUACAGAUUUCCUUCUCUUAAUUUAUGACAAUUAUGUUGUGAAUGUCAAUAAUGACACAAGUUUGUCACUACAAAUGCCUUAUUAUUAUGAUUUUGUGGUUCAAUCCGAUGCCUCUGGGAAACUGAAGGUUACCGUACAACCUAAUGUGUUGGAUUUUGUACCGAACGCAUUUUUAAAUGGACUAGAACUAAUGACAGUGGUUAACUCCUCGGGUCCAAUUCCCCCUGAUGAUUUGGAUUCGGGGAAGAUUAGUCUUCCUGUGGUGCUGGGUUCGGUCGUUGGAGGUUUAGUUCUGGUUUCUGUUGUUGUGGUUUUGUUUCUUUGGAUUAGUAAAAUCAGGAAACAAAGGCCUGUUGAGAGUUUCGAUUUGUUGCCGAUUCCAACUGCUGCAGGAGGGAUUUCUCAUAGCAAAUUAACUUAUGGAAAAACAACUCAAGGCUCACCUUUACCUAACAUAAACCUUGGCAUGAAAAUCUCCUUGCUUGACCUUCAAAUCGCCACCGAGAAUUUUGAUACAAAGAGGAUUAUUGGAAAGGGUGGUUUUGGAAAUGUUUAUAAGGGAGUUCUCAAGAAUGGAAUGAAUGUGGCAGUGAAAAGAAGCGUGCCAGGUUCAGGUCAAGGACGUCAUGAAUUUCAAACUGAGAUAAUGGUUUUGUCCAAGAUUCGUCACAUACACCUUGUUUCCUUAAUUGCAUAUUGUGAUGAAAGGUGUGAGAUGAUACUUGUUUACGAGUACAUGGAAAAUGGGACACUUAGAGAUAAUUUGUACGAUACAAAUUUGCCUUGUUUGACUUGGAAGCAAAGGCUUGAGAUUUGCAUUGGUGCUGCUAGAGGUCUUCAUUACCUUCACAAAGGAGUAGCCGGUGGAAUAAUCCACCGUGAUGUGAAAUCCACUAAUAUAUUGCUUGACGAGAAUCUUGUAGCUAAAGUUGCUGAUUUUGGUCUUUCAAGGACAGGUCCUCUUGAUCAACAUUCUUAUGUCAGCACAUGUGUUAAAGGGACUUUUGGGUAUCUUGAUCCGGAUUACUUUAGAUCACAACAGCUUACAGAAAAAUCCGAUGUUUACUCUUUUGGGGUGGUUCUACUUGAAGUGUUGUGCGCAAGACCAGCCAUAGAACUGUCUUGUCCAAGUGAGCAAGUCAAUUUGGCUGAGUGGGGAUUGCAUUGCAAAGACAAAGGGAUACUUGAAGAGAUCGUUGAUCCUUCCAUCAAGGCACAAAUCAAUCAAAACUCACUAAGAAUAUUUAGUGAGACUGUGGAAAAAUGCUUACACGAUUAUGGGUGUGAUAGGCCAACAAUGGUUGAUGUGUUGUGGGACUUGGAAUAUGCUUUGCAGCUUCAGAGAGAACCGCAUGAGGAUAGUUCUAGCAGUGCUUUUGCAUCACUUCAAUUGCCUAAUGUUCAGCAUUUACCUUCUCUGUCUACACCGACUGAAGUGGAUGGCACGUCUACUGGGAGGAUUGAUGAAUCUGAAAGUGCAACAUUGAUGAUGCUAGAUAGACUUUCAUGCGAAGCAAAUCAAGGCACAACAAUCAACACGCAAAUGUCUCCAAUGGAGGAGCUGUUUCUUUAGAUAUCUCGCCUCUCUGUUUUGUCCUUGUUUCCUUGUGUUUCCCCCCUUAGUUAUGGUUGUUUAAUCUAUUCUCAAUUGUAUGAUUAAAUGGAAUAAAACAAUAAUCAUAUAAUAAAGCAACUUGUAAUUGCUGGAUCCUAUGAUAAAAUGCAGUGCUUUGCUUCCACCCUAAAUACAAUUUGUGUUUAAAUAA